AUGCGCCACCUGAAGAAGUGUUCUUUCAAGAGAGAGUCGUUGGGACGGCUAGUGGAUUGCGGUGCUUGUCAACAGCCACUCCAAGGUCAUCGUUGCAAGGAGAAAGAUCGUGGCUUCAGGAAAGAUGUCCAUAGAGGCUCUUCGGCUACUAGAGCUCUUUGGUUUUAUGAUCUAACCAUCAAAGAGGCUCCUGCCAAAUCAUCUUCGGCUGCAGCUGCAGAUGACCAGCCACUACACCACAAGCGGGUCGAAACUACAGUUGUACAUGCCCCUAAUAUUGCUGUUGAUUUUUCCCUUGUUGCGGCAUCUCGGAGCUACUUAGACGAUUGGAAUUUAUUGGAGAAAACUGAAGUUUGUGAUGCAAUUUUUUCUCCGGCUGUAGAUCAUGAUCCCUAUGAGGAUAGCAAUAUUGAUUGGACUCGUCCACCGGUGUAUGAUAUUUAUGCCGAUGAGCAGGGUCAGAGCGACUUGCUGAAUGUUGAUUUUCUUUUCCGAGAACCGAAUGACGACUUUGAUAGAAAUGAUAUUGUUCCUAUUCAUAGUUUCCUUCAUGGUUUAUUUGGAAGCAACAUUCAGAAUCAUGAAGGGUCGCAUCAUUCAGCUCCGGAGUUGCAUUCAUUGACCCCUUAG